UUUGUGACAGAAGUGAACAGUACAUAUACUGUGUCCUUGUUUACCUAGUUUGAAUGUUACCUGUGCAGGAUUCACUGGGAGCAGCUGAGGAAUUGAGCUCUCACCAUGACUUCUUCAGAGAACGAGCCGAGGAGCAUAUCGACAGAACAGAACUGUCUCUCACUCGAAAGCCAACAACUUCUGGAGAGGAAAAAACAGCUGUGUGUAAUUCAGGAGCUACGGAAUCAUGUAGAGUUUGGAAAAACAGAAAGUAAGGAAGUGGCCUCAACUCAACAGGAGAUUGACAGCAUUGAUGACAAACUGAGGCAACUGAGUGAGGGGAAGGCUGAGCUCCAAAACGGCCACGACACCAUCCUCAGUGCCAACCAUAAGAACAACUACGUGAAGAAGGUAUCAUUCAACACAACAAGUCAGAAGACGGCGCCCCUCGAAUCUAAUUCUACCACAGAUAUUUUCUAUAUCAUGGCUCCACCUUCGACCCCUGCCCCUAAAGUGAUUCUGGAAACAGAAGACCUUCCAGCGUAUCCGUGCAGGACUCAGUGCCCCGAGUGUCGUCAGUUCAUCAUGACAGAGACUUUCAAAUCCGUUAGCAGUAUGACCUGGAUGGUGUGUUUAAUGACAGCUAUGAUCGGGUGUGUGGCGGGUUGUUGCUUCAUUCCCUUCUGCCUGGAUACAUUCAAAUCGACCACACACAAGUGUCCCAAGUGUCGCUCUUCAAUCAGAACUAUUAAAAAGUUCUGAGAGAAAAGCAUGCGGAGGAGGACUGAAGCUCAGACUGAGACCUGAUGUUGACACUCUCUUGUGUUCUUUUUUCUAAUCUGAUGUUGCCUGAUUGUAUGUAUAUGUAGAUUAGGGUUGCAAAAUUCCGGGAAUAUUCAAAGUUGGAAACUUUCCAUGGGAAUAUACGGGAAUAUACGGGAAUUAACGGGAAUAAACGGGAAUUAACUGGAAAU